GAAAUCACAGUAAAGAUUCAGCGGAAAACCACACACGUAAACUGCCCGCUCUUCACCCUUGCGCUUUUGUUAUUAUUUUUUCAGACUCGGUCAAAUCUCCCCAACUACAACCAUCUCACUACUCCUAAAGCCGCGUUAUUUUCUCUGUCACCCCCAUUCUACACACGACACCUGUUCCACACAUUCUCUACCAUUUGCCUUUCUCAACGCUUAGCUCACAGCUCUGUAACCUCAUCUCACGCAAACCUCUCUCCACUCUCGCUUGCUUUCUCUCUCUAGAAAACAAAGAGAAAAGGGCAGAAAACUAGCUCUGGCUUUUGGAGGAAAAGCAACAAAAAAAUAAAAAAGGGAAUUUACCACUAAUGUCUCUGCGGAAAUCGAUUCUUUGCAGAAGGAUCUCCAACUCUGUCAAGUCUGUUAACAAUCAUAAACACGGCGGCUCCGGAAGAGUGGUGGUGCCCACUGGUAUUGGUGGCGAUGUCUCCGGGGAGUUGUUGGCUGAGUCGGACCCUGUUGAUGGCUGGGCGAACAUGUUACCUGAAUUGCUUGGGGAGAUAAUAAAACGAGUGGAGGAGAGCGAGGAUCGGUGGCCUCAGCGGAAAAACGUUGUUGCUUGUGCUUGUGUUUGUAAGAAAUGGAGAGAGGUUACUAAGGAGAUGGUUAGGUCUCCACGCAAUAUAGGCAAAAUCACUUUCCCUUCUUGCCUCAAACAGCCCGGUCCGCGUGACUUACCUCAUCAAUGUCUUAUAAAACGGAAUAAGAAGACUUCAACAUUUUAUCUCUCUCUUGCUCUUACUCCAUCAUUAAUGGACGAGGGAAAGUUUCUUCUAGCAGCACGGAGGUUUAGACAUGGUGCUCACACAGAGUAUAUCAUCUCGCUUGAUGCAGAUGAUCUAUCCCAAGGAAGUAAUGCAUAUGUUGGAAAAUUAAGUUCGGACUUUCUUGGCACCAACUUUACAAUCUAUGACAGCCAGCCACCACACACUGGUGCAAAGCCCUCAAGUAGCAGAGCUAGCCGCCGAUUUGCGAGCAAGCAAAUAAGCCCCCAAGUUCCUGCAGGCAAUUUUGAGGUUGGACACGUCUCUUACAAAUUUAACCUCUUAAAAUCAAGAGGUCCGAGAAGGAUGGUGUGCUCAUUGAAGUGUCCACUAUCACAAGAAAAUGUUAAUGGAAAACUUAUUGAUGACUCCAUGAUGAAGGGACCAGAGUCUUCAGUUUCUAGCUGUACAGUUCUGCGCAACAAGGCGCCAAGGUGGCAUGAACAUCUGCAAUGCUGGUGCUUGAAUUUCCACGGCCGGGUAACUGUAGCGUCAGUUAAGAACUUCCAAUUGGUUGCAACUGUGGACCAAAGUCAGCCAGGAGGAAAAGGCGAUGAGGAUACUGUCCUCCUGCAGUUUGGGAAGGUAGGAGAUGAUACUUUCACCAUGGAUUAUAGGCAGCCAUUGUCAGCAUUUCUGGCAUUUGCAAUAUGCCUUACGAGCUUUGGCACGAAACUGGCAUGUGAGUAGCUUAUAUGCUGUUAUUAUAAUUAUUGAAGUUGUAAGUUCUGUUGGAUGCUUUAAUAUGAGUAGUUCCUUUCACAUCGCUUUUACGAUGUGGGCUUGGUUGGAGGAAACCAAUAAUGUAAAUGUUGUCUAUUGUAUUAAUUACAGGACCCGAAAUUAUUGGCUCUCAACAAUUUUACGUUUACCAAGGAUGGUAUUUGUUUUCUA